AUGAAGCGGCAGAACGUGCGCACCGCGUCGCUCAUCCUCUGCACCUUCUCCUACCUGCUGGUGGGCGCUGCCGUGUUCGACGCGCUCGAGUCCGAGGCAGAGAGCGCCCGGAAGCGACUUCUGGAGCAGAAGCGCAGCGAGUUUCGCAGAAAAUAUCGCUUCUCGCCCGAGGACUACCGAGAGCUGGAGCGCCUGGUGCUGCAGGCGGAGCCGCAUCGUGCCGGCCGCCAGUGGAAGUUUGCUGGCUCCUUCUACUUCGCCAUUACGGUCAUUACCACCAUCGGGUACGGCCACGCGGCCCCAGGCACAGACGCGGGUAAGAUUUUCUGCAUGUUCUACGCCAUCCUGGGCAUCCCCCUGACAUUGGUCACAUUCCAGAGCUUGGGCGAGCGCAUGAACGUGCUGGUUCGAAGGCUGCUUCAGCGUCUGAAGCGCUGCGUGGGGCUGCGGAGGACACAGGUGUCCACGGAGAAUAUGGUGGCCGUGGGACUGCUGUCAUGCGUAGGCACGCUGGCCGUGGGCGCCGCCGCCUUCUCCCACUUCGAAGGCUGGACCUUCUUCCACGCCUACUACUACUGCUUUAUCACGCUCACCACCAUUGGCUUCGGCGACUUUGUGGCCCUACAGAGGGAUGAGGCGCUGCACAAGCGGCCGCCCUACGUAGCCUUCAGCUUCCUCUACAUCUUGCUGGGCCUGACGGUCAUCGGUGCCUUCCUCAACCUCGUGGUGUUGCGCUUCCUCACUCUCAACGCGGAGGACGAGCGACGAGACGCUGAGGGCAGGGCCUCACUGCGCCGGGUCCGGGCUGGGGACCCCUUGAGGCCGCAGCCGCCGCUGCAGGAAGUCGCCCGCAGCCAUGCGCGGCCUUCCCCGGAUCCCACCGCCUUUCCAUGCCUCGGGGCCCCGAGCUGCAGUCGCCUGAAACUGAUUCGGGCCCCUGCUUCGCGGGCUUCUCCCGCCAGUCUGUCCGCUUCCCAGAACCAUCCCGAGACGCCUCCGCCAAGCUGUCAUUCCAAUCCAGUCUACUGCGGCUCCAUCUCCUAUCGGAUCGACCAAUUGGCUCUGGGUGCCAGGGACAACCUCGGCUUUUCGCCUCCUGGGAGCACCACGUCCUCAGGCAGCGCAGUUGGCCGGGUCCCGACCCGUCGGAAGUCAGUCUGA